UUUCCUCUCUCAUACUUUUGGCUGGUUCAGAUACCUACGUACUCAACACACCCAAAACUACAAGAAUGCUCCGUAUCCCAGCAGCAGCAGGGCAGUUUGGGCCAGAGGCUCGGGAGUUGGGACUAAAGGGCUGGAGGGUGGAGAAGAUGAAGGCUGUACCAUUGCCCGCCUCAGAGCUAGGGGCCUUCUACAAUGGGGAUUCCUACCUGGUGCUAAGCAACCGGGGAGAUGAGGGGGCGGACCUGCACAUGUGGAUCGGUGAGAAGUCAUCUCGUGAUGAGCAGGUGGCCUGUGCCAUGCUAGCCACACAACUGGAUCACUUCCUGGGUGUAGAUGCCGUCCAUCACCGGCAGGUCCAGGGCUACGAGUCCCCCGAAUUCAUGAAUCUCUUCCCCAGAGGGGUCACCUACAAGGAGGGGGGUGUAGAGUCAGGGUUCAGGAAGAGGUCUGAUUCUGGCCACAUCCAGCGGUUGUAUCAGAUCAAGGGCAAGCGGAACAUCCGGGCCAAGGAGGUAGACCUGGACUGGAAGAGUUUCAACAAGGGAGACUGUUUCAUAUUGGACCUGGGAGAGACAAUCUUGUCAUGGGUUGGUUCCCAAGCCAACAUGUUUGAGAAACAGAAGAUGCGGGAAAUUUCCACGUUAAUUCGGGACAUGGAGCGACAUGGCAAGGCCAAUAUCAUCAACGUGAGUGAGGGAGAAGAAACGCCUGAGAUGCUACAGGUCCUAGGCCCAAAGCCAGAUCUGAAAGAAAGUACCCCAGAAGAGGACACACAAGCUGAUAUUUCUAAUUCUGUUUCUCUAUACAAGGUGUCUGAUGCCACUGGGUCAAUGACACUAACCAAAGUAUCGGACAAGAGCCCCUUUGGGAAGGACCUCCUGUUGCGAGACGACUGCUUUAUACUGGACAAUGGAGCCAAUGGAAAGAUCUUUGUCUGGAAAGGAAGUGGAGCCAAUCCAGAGGAGAAGAGAGAGGCUCUAAAAAUGGCUGAUGACUUCAUUCAGAAGAUGAAUUAUCCCAGAAUGAAGACACAGGUGGAGAUUCUCCCCCAGGGAAGAGAGACCAUCAUCUUCAAGCAAUUCUUCAAAAGCUGGGACUAAAUCUACUGAAGAUGUGUGACGGAAAAUUAUUUUGAAAGCACACAACAAACACACAGCAAAUAACUAGCCCAGAGACAAUGUGCUUUUAAAGACACCUCAUAGUAAAUAACAGUAAUUUUUCUUUAAGCUUCAAGCAAAGAUGGUACAAUUCAAAUAACUGUCUGACCGUUGUGCCUUGAAAUGUCUGCAUACACAUAGAAGACCUCAGAACGUAUCAGAGACCAACGUCAUUAGUUUGACAUUUUAAGCUCACAAUGAUUUUCAUUGUUUCUGAGACUUCACUAAAAUCAGCCUGUGGUAUUUCUUAGAAAUACUGUGCUGCAGUAAUAUUUAAACUUUCAAAGCGCAAUGGCUGCAUCCUAUUUCAUUAUACUCACUACCAUUUACCAAGAAGAAAUUAAGCUGUACAUACAGACCACAGCAUUUACAUGAAGCGAAAGUGUGGACACUGUCUGUUUCUCUGGUUAAGGACAUGUGACAUUUGAAAAGCAAACAAAUAAAUUAUGUUGUGUAAAACUAUGAUAAGGCUGGGAGGUAAAGAGAGCUGGCGUCAAUUUAUCUAUGAACCCCUGGAUAAGGGAGACUACUAAGCAAAUAAACUGUUCUAUAUUACAUUAUGAUACAGUUGAUGGGUGAGGUACAAUAUUGGUAACCCUGGAAAAAUGUUUAGUGUGCAAACAAAUACGAUAAUCUAAAGGCAGAACAGGCCAAGACUGGAAAGUAAGAAAAUUUUAAGAUCGAAGAAAAAAAAAAAGCAAAUUGGUACAAGUAGAUGGCACUGGCAUACAACACGCACCUCUUAUGUAUAGGUCCUUGUCUAGCUGUACAAUUUUCAGUGAAACUCUGAGAUCAGCACCUCAUGACCUUGAAAAACUCACACUUCUUAAUUUAUAUGAACUUUACAUGUAUGUU